GAGCUCAGGCGUCUUAGACGGGAUCUCAAGCAAUCGCAGCGCUCCGCAUAUUGUGCUGGAACUUUCAGUAACUUAAAAACUCAAUUCAAGGCCUUUUUCCUAUUUUGCCAAUAUUUCAAGUUAGAUCCUAUUCCAGAUACGCUGGAUACCGUUUGUCUUUACGUGCAGUUUUUAAGUCGUAUUUUAACGCCCGCGUCUAUUAGAAACUAUUUAAGUGGCGUUAAAUUGUUGCAUUUAUUUACGGGCGCGGAUUACCCUUUCACGAAAGACUUCAUUCUUUCCCUCACUUUGCGUGGUAUCGCUCGCAAUGCCUUGUAUACCCCGCGCAGGGCUCCCCCAGUUACUCCUUCUAUUUUAUUUAGUAUUUCCCAUGUUCUUGAUUGUGAAGGUGAUCCGCGUUCUUGGACUCUUUUUUGUGCCUUUUUAUUUACGUUUUAUCUUAUGGCUCGUCUGGCUAACAUCGUGCCUAAGUCUGCGAAAUCAUUUGAUCCUCGCCGCCAUCUCACCCGUGGUGAUGUGGCUGUUACUUCUCAUGGUAUAUUAGUCACAUUUCAGUGUACAAAAACGAUUCCAUUUGGAGAGCGUCCUCUCCACAUUCCUUUGCUUAGAAUUCACGAUUCGCCGUUAUGCCCUGUUUCUGCCUAUUUACGCAUGAUUCGUUUAAUUCCCGCUCGCCGAUCGUGUCCUGUUUUU